UUUUUUUCCAGCAGCCAGCUGAUGUCAGAGGGUCAGGCUUUUUUCUCACACUAACAACAAACAACUCACACAGAAAGGAACAUAUGCACAGGAAGCCUUUAAACACAUGGAGAAAGGCAGCAGAAAGAUAAAGGGCGACGCCUGCUACUGUCACAGCAGAGUGAGUGUCUGAUUCGCUCACAAACAUUGGCUUUGAAAAAAGACCUUGCUCAACUGGGUGGAUUGUGUAUGACUGCUGGGUUUCAGUCAAUUGUGAGAGCAGAAUGUCUCGGCGAGACCAAAGGUUUCGGAGAGGAAUUAAAGGACGGUGUCGUGAUUGUGACUGCAUCCUGUCCCGCUGGUACUAUGAAAAAGAGGGAGAUCUCUACUGUAAGAAGCACUACUGGUCUCGCUUUGGAGAGCACUGCCACGGCUGCAAGGAGAAUGUUUCAACAGGACUUGUUAUGGUUGCAGGAGAACAAAAGUACCAUCCUGAGUGCUUCACAUGCAUGAGCUGUGAAAUGGUUAUCGGAGAUGGAGACACUUAUAUGCUUAUUGAACGGUCUAGACUUUACUGCGGCCAGUGUUUUUGUCAGGGUGUUGUUCCAGCUGCCAGAUCAACGUCUCUUACACAGAGACCCCACAUGGUGGCGCUAGUGUUUCUCCCUCCCACUGCGACUGGACAACGAGGCCUAACAAUUUCUGCUGAUUACAACCUGGAAAAAAAGCUUCUCGUCACUGUUAAAGAUUUAGACCCAGCUAUCCUCAGCUCUGAUCUGCUGUCAUCCGUCCAAAGAGGAGAUCAAGUUUUGGAGGUUAAUGGCAUCCCGGCCCGCAACAUAUCCCCAGAUGAGAUAAAGCGUGUGAUCCAAGAUACAAGCAGACCCCUCCAGCUCAUCAUUGAACACAAUCCACAGUCUCCUCAUGACCCUCUCCAACCAGAUCAUCCCCCAAAUAACAGCAGAAGUCCCGACUCUAGUGUCCACGACAAACUCCCUUCAGUUAGUAAUCUCCCAAGUCUAGAAGAAGAGCCGAGUACACCGGAGGAACCACAAGAGCCACUCUCCCCACCUCAGCAUCAAGGAAACACAUGGUUACGAAGCAGGAAUGUUCUGCGAAGCUACAGCAUAGAUAAGUGUCCCCUGUCUCCAGGAGCCUUGUCUUUACUUUCCCAAAAGAGAGACAUGGUUCGCUCAGAGUCUCUUCGGGUGGACCCAGGGGAACGGACACACCGUAUCUUCAGGCCAUCAGACCUCAUCCAUGGAGAGGUGCUAGGCAAGGGCUGCUUCGGUCAAGCUGUGAAGGUAACACAUCAAGAAACGGGGGAGGUGAUGGUGAUGAAAGAGCUAAUACGCUUUGAUGAAGAGACCCAGAAGACAUUUUUAAAGGAAGUAAAGGUGAUGCGCUGUCUUGACCAUCCCAAUGUUCUCAAGUUCAUUGGAUUGUUUUACAAAGACAAACGGAUACAUUUUAUCUCCGAAUAUAUCCAAGGAGGAACUCUCAGAGAAACUAUCGCGAAAAUGGAUGAAGAUUUUCCCUGGAAUGUAAGAGUGGGAUUUGCCAAAGACAUAGCAGCAGGGAUGGCAUACCUCCACUCUAUGAAUGUGAUCCACAGAGACCUAAACUCAUACAACUGUCUGGUCAGAGAGAACCAAAAUGUAGUUGUGGCAGAUUUUGGUCUUGCCAGGCUGGUGAUGGAUAAAAGAAAUAGCAGCAAAACUUCGUCUCUUGAACGCAGCGUAAAGGGGCCUCUGUCAGUCAAACCUGACCGCAGAAAACGGUAUACAGUGGUAGGAAACCCCUACUGGAUGGCCCCUGAGAUGAUCCAUGGGAAAACCUAUGAUGAACGUGUGGACAUAUUCUCCUUUGGGAUAAUGACCUGUGAGAUUAUUGGCAGAGUGAGCGCUGAUCCUGACUACCUUCCCCGAACAAACAACUUUGGACUCAAUGUGGAGGGUUUCAUGCAGCAGUAUUACCCUCCAAUGUGUCCAUCUGCCUUCCUGCCAUUGGCUGUCCUCUGCUGUGACAUGGAUGCUGAUAAACGACCCUCGUUUUCAAAGCUGGAGGAGUGGCUGGACAACCUCCUUAUGAACCUGGACAUCAGCCUGCCUUUGCUCUCUGAGCUGGAGCAGAUCUCUGCCGCCUUCUGGAAGAAUCACAGUCAGCAAAACCAAGAUGAAACUCCUGCAACCUGUGAACAAAACCUUUUAGAAACACUUGAAGAAAAUCUGAGGCCUGAACUUUGUUCGGACAAAGCAAACAGCCACACAGAGCCAAAUGAGUUUCCUCAACAUCACUCCCAAGAUAGCAAAGCUGACAAAGAUGUGAAUGGGGAGCAGCAUGCAAAUGGCAACGGUGUGAGGACAUCACAAGACACAAAUCCGCCCUGCUGUGAGUCUGUUGACUCAGACUCAGGGAAAAGUGAGUCUGAGUCUCAUGAGGAAUGCAUCAUUAAAGGACAAACGAAAUCCCAGCAUGAACCCUCAGCGGCGGGGCGCUCAAACAGGACUAGAAGAACGUGUCGUGUGCUGUGGGAACGAUCUACAGAGGACAGCUCUGUUCUCUGAAUGUCCGUUAAAAUCACCAAGGCCAAUGCUGUGGAACAGCCCUUUAUUUUGUUUGAGGACAUUGGUACCUUAACAAGAAAUAGAGAAGUUCAAAAUCAGCCAAGUCCCAAAACGUACAAUUAAAGAAUGUUUUGGAAAUGAUAUGUAACUUGAUAUUCACUAUUUUGCACAUAAAUCAGUAUUUCAGUAGGUGUAGCUGAAGCCCAGCUCAAUGGAAACAUAUUUAAUGUCUGGACGUUUCCUCAUUUAUUGAAAUAUUUUAAACUCAGUAUUUUUACAACAAAAGACAUAUUAAGAAAAAUUGCCUUUUUUUAUUGCACAAAUUAUCCCUAGUGGAUAGACUAUGUAAUAACACCACUGUUUAGAAAUGACCUCCAAGGUUUCAUUUAACAUUCUGCAUUGCUGCAUCUGUUUAAUAAGGAAAAUCAUGUUUGUCAUAAGCUGAAACUGUCCAUCUCAAGGCUUUAGUUUCAACUAUCAUCAAAAGCUGUGAAACUUAUUCUAUUUUUUUAUGCUUUGUUGAAUUAUUUAUUAGAUUAUUUUUUCUUAGGAAACGUUAAACUCUGUGCCAUACACUGAGCUAUGAAUGCUAUUAAAUUGUAGAUA